AUGGGUUCCAAGCACUGUUUCCUCCUCCUCAUCGUCGCCCUUCUUCUCUCCUCCCCCGCGGUCGCCAAAUCUGAUAUUGCCGGCCCCGAUGUUUGCUUCGACGAAAGUUUUUGCAACUCAGUCAAUGAUUGCAUCGUUGCGUGCGCUGAUGUUGGUUUGAAGGCUCCUAGUAGAUGCACAAAUGGCCACUCAUCAUUCUAUCAGAAGACUGAAGCAAGACAAUCUCACUCUCCUUCUGCCAUUGUCAUUGGUGGUGGAUUUGCAGGGAUUGCAGCUGCUCAUGCACUGAAAAAUGCAGCUUUUCAGGUUGUGCUUUUAGAAUCUCGGGAUAGAAUUGGUGGUCGAGUUCACACUAACUACUCAUUUGGUUUUCCUGUUGACAUGGGAGCAGCCUGGUUGCAUGGUGUCUGCAACGAGAAUCCAUUGGCAUCUUGGAUUGGAAGACUUGGUCUACCAAUUUAUCGAACUUCUGGUGACAAUUCUAUCUUGUAUGAUCAUGACUUGGAGAGCUACGCACUCUUUGAUGGUGAUGGACAUCAAGUGCCUCAAGAUCUAGUGGAAAAAGUUGGUAAGGUGUUUGAAACCAUUCUGGAAGAGGCUAACAAACUCAGGUGGAGUUUGAAGGAUUAGGAGAAUUAAGAAGCAAGGAUGAAGAAG